GCCCGGGGGGCUGACACGGCGGCCUGGCUGCACGAGGAGAUCUCGGAGGCAGGGCACAUGUGGCUGCAGAGGCAUUGCUGGCGGAGGACUGCACAAGGCCGCCCGGCUUCCGACGCAGGCGUGGUCGACCAUCACUUCAUCUCAGAUUGUAGGCAGGAGCUCACGACACACGACCAGCCCCGCGCGGGCGGGGGAGUGGUGGCCGCGAUCCAGUGCCGCCGAUGCCAGCUCCUCGAGGUGCGCCACGCAGCGAGCUUGCGCAAGGACGAGGCCGACCAGGACGCCAUGGCGUGGCUCGACGAGCGGCCCAGCCUCGGGGGGCAUUACAGGAGUCGGCGCUCGACGCAGAUACGGCCCGCACGUGCGAGCUGGGUUGCCGAGAGUCGCAGGGGGGAGAGUGCCAUCCCGUAUGGGCGCUGGAAGGUGCGAGAAGAAAGGCUGCUGGAGCGCUGCGCCGACCCCGGCGCUGCCUCCGGCCUCUCGGCGGCGGGCGCCCAGGCCCAGGCACGCGGCCGUGGCCGCGUGCGGCGGCAGGGGCGCUGGGUGCUGGAGGGCGUCGCCGCGCUCAACGAACUGGGCGGUGGCGGGCGUGCGGCAGGCUGUGGCGGGCGGCUCAGCUUGGCACAGCGUUCCGCGCUGCGUCACCUGGCUGAGGUCUACGCCUCAUUCCCGCCCAAGACCGAAGUGUGCGCCAACCAGGAGGUGUUUCAGGCGCUUCUGGGGCUUCGACCUGGCCAUGCUGAUGAGCCAGCUAUCGGGGCGAAGGCCGGCUACCAGCGCCGGAAGGUAUCUCUUCCCUCUCGCGGUGCGGGUAAGGUUGAUUUCGUUCGACUGCUCCCCUUGCACCCGCAGUCCGCGUUGGAGUCCGGGCACGGGUUACUGCGUUCUGCGCAGGAGGCUCUUGCCGCUCUGGACGAGGCGGAUGUCACAUGUUUCUUGCUUGAGCUUUUCGAAGCAGGCAUCGUCGAAGUUUUGGACUACGAAUCGGAGCGGAAGGAGGAGACGGGCAUCUUCUUUGCACCGCGCAAUGAUGACAAGUUGAGGCUUAUAUUUGACACCAGGAGGGCGAACUGCCACUUCAAGGCACCCGAGCACACGCACUUGGCCUCUGGGGACGCCCUCAGCAGCUUGGAGUGCGCGCGCGGCGAGGAGGUGCAUCUGGCUGCGGGCGACGUGGAGGUCUGCUUCUAUCAGCACCUGCUACCUGGCUGGGCCAGGUGCUGGGGCACGAAGGCGCUGCGCGGCCUCAGUACCUUCAGUGUGCGCGUCGUUCCCAUGGGAUGGAACUGGGCGGUGCACCUCGUGCAGGCCGCCCACCUGAACGUGCUGGCCUCUGUCUCUCCCGACAACCAGUGGCUGGUCGACAAGCAGCCGGGGGUGUUCCUGUCGGAUAGCACUGACGCCGCCGAGGUCCUGUACAUAGACAACCUUGCUGGGAUCAGCACCAGCCGCUCGACUGCGAGGCAGGUCGUCAAGGACAUGCUGGACACCUUCACGACGGAGGGCGUCAGGGCCACGCUCGACCUGGACGAUGCCCACCUUGGCUUCACGUUGGAUUCGAAGGCUGCCAGGUGGCGCCCUGCUUCCAAGAAGUUCUGGCGAGCGCACGGCUGCAUCCAGUACUUGUUAGAAGCGAGGAGAUGCAUCACUGGUCGCCAGCUGGAGAGGCUAGUGGGGCAUGUGGUGGCACUGCUGUUGCUGCGGCGUGAGGCGCUCAGCAUGCUCAGCUCGGUGUACGUCUACAUCCGCACGACCUACGAUAAGGCCCAGCCGCUGUGGCCCAGCUGUCAGCAGGAGCUCAGGUGGGUGCUGGCGCUACUGCCCACCGUGUUUGCUGACAUGAAGAGGCCCUGGCACGCGGAGGUCGGGACCUUUGACGCGUCGCCUUGGGGCGCGGGGGUCUGCACGGCGCGCUGGUCUUUGAGCGCGGUGCAGGCCACGAGCAGGCAGCCUGAGAAGCUGCGCUUCCGCGGGCCCCUUGCCUCUUUGGUGGCCCCGCGGGAUGCCGCCCUGGCCGCCGACGCGAUCGAGCUCUCUGACCCUGCAGCACUCCUGCUGGGCCGAGCGGCGGGCUUGGCGGAAGUGAAUGCUGAGCUGCUGCGCGAGUCGAACUGGGUCACUGCG